AUGAAAGAUAACUAUGAAGAGGAUGAAGGGCAAGUCUUUACCUCAAGAUUGAAAACUUUGAGGAAUGUUGCAAUAGAUCUAACAAAAGAGAUCGAGGCACAGAAUAUCAAACUUCGGCAACUGGAACCGUCUUUCCAAUCGUCAUUGAAUAAGAUAUUCACAACCAUCCAGAGCAUAAGGAAAUCAGAUCCAAAGAGGUUUAGAUCAUGGCUAUACUUCAUCCUUGGGGGAAUAGGGCUUUCCUUUCUGUUCUUCAUACUGUUUAUUGCUAGCUAA